AUGUUCGAGACCAGAAUUAGUAUAACCUAUAGCCUGAUGGUUAUAACCUAUAGCCUGGUGGUUAUAACCUAUAGCCUGUUGGUUAUAACCUAUAGCCUGGUGGUUAUAACCUAUAGCCUGGUGGUUGUAACCUAUAGCCUGAUGGUUAUAACCUAUAGCCUGGUGGUUAUAACCUAUAGCCUGGUGGUUAUAACCUAUAGCCUGGUGGUUAUAACCUAUAGCCUGAUGGUUAUAACCUAUAGCCUGAUGGUUAUAACCUAUAGCCUGAUGGUUAUAACCUAUAGCCUGGUGGUUAUAACCUAUAGCCUGGUGGUUAUAACCUAUAGCCUGAUGGUUAUAACUUAUAGCCUGGUGGUUAUAACCUAUAGCCUGGUGGUUAUAACCUAUAGCCUGGUGGUUAUAACCUAUAGCCUGGUGGUUAUAACCUAUAGCCUGGUGGUUAUAACCUAUAGCCUGGUGGUUAUAACCUAUAGCCUGGUGGUUAUAACCUAUAGCCUGGUGGUUAUAACCUAUAGCCUGGUUGUUAUAACCUAUAGCCUGGUGGUUAUAACCUAUAGCCUGGUUGUUAUAACCUAUAGUGUACUGUAUAUUGUACUGUAUAUUGUAUUGUAUGUAUAUGUACUGUAUAUUGUACUGUAUAUUGUAUUG